ACCAGAGGCAAACGAGAGCGAAUGUAACGUCAUAUUGAAGUCAAUUAAGUGCCACAACAGAACGCAACUUCAGCGCCGAGGUCGCUCAGAGCGCAUCCCCCUAACUAAGAUGUGACGCCCGUGUGGACGGGGCCGAACUCCCAUUCGGUGUGGGUGUCAGUCUUUCAAAUUACAUUUCAGUUCCCCGAAUGCCUGCCCUUUUUCUCUUCUUUCGGUGUUUUGAAUUUCGUGCCACUUUCCUCGCUCAUACACACACACACACACGGUUUCCUCAACUUCUUGUACUUGCUUUGCUCGCGCGUACCCUACGCACACAUCUCGCGCCCUGCUUGGAGUUUUUAUAUAUAUAUAUAUAUAUAUAUAUAUAUAUAUAUAUAUAUAUAUAUAUAUAUUUAUAAUUAUUGUUCACGCCUGCCCCGAUCCCGCACACCUCGCCUUUGGUGGGAGUCCGAAGCCCCUCAGUGUUACUGCUGUCUGUCUGCCGCCGCGCUCUGCUGCUGCUGCUGCUCUGAGUCUCUGACUUCCUGGCUGCUGCUGAUGACGGGCCGGUGUUAAUUACAUAAGCAAAACGUAAAUGAUUCGCGGGAAAAAGCAAAAAAAUGGCGACGCGCAGAAAGUGAGAGCGCAGAGCUCAGCGGCUCCUCGGCUCGGGGUUCAAGAGAGAGAGAGACACACACACUGAGACACACAACGAGGAGACGCGCGAUUAACGGAGGAGCGAGGCGAGCCAUGGAGAAUGGAGCACUGGAGCCUUCUCUCAGAGACAUCUACGGAGCCACUUGCCACAUGAAGCAGGAGUCUCUCCCAUCGCCUACACCAUCGGUGAAAGGCUGUGAGGAUCUGGAAACCAAGCUUUCAGAGGGACAGUAUGUGCUGUGUCGGUGGACAGAUGGACUCUACUACUUGGGACGGAUUCAAAGGGUGAGCACUUCCAAGCAAAGCUGCCUUGUCACGUUUGAAGACAACUCCAAAUUCUGGGUCCUCUGGAAGGAUAUACAGCACGCUGGCGUUCCUGGGGAGGAGCCAAAAUGCACUGUGUGCUCUGGGACGACGCUGACAUCACAAAAUGAAAUUCUUAUUUGUGGGAAGUGUGGACUCGGUUACCACCAGCAAUGUCACUUACCACCAGUGGAAAGCCCUCUGGACACAAGCGCCACGCCUUGGUUUUGUAGAAGAUGCAUUUUCGCAUUAGCAGUAAGGAAAGGAGGAGCUCUGAAAAAAGGACCCAUUGCUAAAUCUCUGCAGGCAGUGAAAAUGGUACUGCCUUACAACCCUGAAGAUCUGGUGUGGGACUCACUUCACCGAACUAAUCAGCAGCAGUGUUAUUGUUAUUGUGCUGGUCCAGGAGAGUGGUAUUUGAAGAUGUUACAGUGUUACAGGUGCAAGCAGUGGUUCCAUGAGGCCUGCAUUCAAUGUUUGAAUGACGCCAUGAUGUUUGGAGACAGGUUUUAUUUAUUCAUCUGUUCAGUGUGCAGUCAAGGUGCAGAGUACAUCAGGCGACUAUCUCUGAGGUGGGUGGAUGUUGUGCAUCUCGCCCUCUACAACCUGGGUGUUCAAAGCAAAAAGAAGUAUUUUGAGUUUGAGGAGAUCCUUGCCUUUGUGACCAACAACUGGGACCACCUCCAACUUGGAAAGCUUUCCAACACCCCUCUAUCUGACCGGAGCAAGCACCUCCUGGACGCUCUCAACAACUACAAAAGCAAGUUUCUUUGUGGUAAAGAAAUUAAAAAGAGGAAAUGCAUCUUUCGUCUUAGAACACGAGUGCCCCCCAACCCACCUUCCAAGCUUUUCCCUGACAAGGUGUCUCACUCCUCUGAAGGCCGUCGAGGAAAGAAACGAGAGAGAAGAAAAAGCAGCUCCCUUCCUCUGGAAUUUCAUACUCAAAAACAAGCCAAAAGAAGAAGAGCGAAGUGGCUGUUGGAGGAUGCCAUCCCAAGCAGCGACUUUUCUUGCACUUGGAGCCAAGCAAACCAUCAUCUGGCUAGCAUAUUUGACUUUACGCUCGAUGAGCUUCACAGUUUAAAAAGCAGCUCUGGUCGUACAUUAAGCUUUGAUCUUGACUCAACCGAUGCUGCUAGUACAUCUGGUUCAGCCACAACUAGCGUCUCCUACGACGAAUCACGGAAGCACAUUGGAAGCAGAAAACGGAAGCUGCGGACCAAAAGUUACACCGUGCUGGCGGCCAAGAGGGCGGUGUCAGAGAGCUACAAGGUCCCGUCUAGUUUUGAAACCCAGUGCUCUCCUGAAUCACAGGACAACGACAGCCACACCUUUGAAAGCAUCAGCGAGGAUGACUCUUCACUGUCGCAUCUCAAGUCCUCCAUCACCAGCUAUUUUGGGGCCGCAGGCAGGCUUGCAUGCGGGGAGAAGUACCAGGUCCUGGCUAGAAGGGUCACAUUAGAGGGAAAAGUUCAAUAUCUGGUGGAAUGGGAGGGCACCACGCCCUACUGAAGAGGAAGGUGUCCUGACAUAUGGAGAAAGAAACCAUCCUUUUAAGAACAGAAAGUAAUCAUAAUCAUAGUAGUAAUAAUGUAUGAUCCUUAACCCAGAAGCUGGGAUGCAAGAGGUCAUACUGCUUCCGCUGCAUUGGAAAUUGGAUGGAGCUGACUGCAGUUCCUUGUAAAGAGAAACGCUGCUGUGCUGCACUCUGGUAGGUGACCUUCAUUAGAGGCUGGAAAGGAGACAGGCAGCUGGCGUGCCACCAAGUGGCCACACUGUGUCAUGAUGCCACAAAAAGGUUCCUUAAGGUGGAGUUUGUGAUGUUGGUUUCAUCUAAAGUUGCUUGGCAAGCGUUUGAUUUGUUGUUUUGUUUUGCUUGCGGUACCAUGAUUUUUUUUUUCCUAAGACAUCAGACCAAAUACCAAGGGCUUCCAAAAAAAGAAAAAUUUUAGCUUCUAGACAAAGUGGACACCAAUUUGGGUGGACACUACAGUGGCUUUUCUUUAUAAAAUUGGAUAGGCUGUGUACAUUUUUGCCAAGCUGCAGGCCUGCAAAGUCUAAAAUCUGAUAAAAAGGUUUGUAAGUUGAUGGGGUGGGAGGAGGGGUUGGAGUUAAUUUUAUAAAAGUGCUUGGGGGGCUUUUGCAUUUCUCUAUGCUUGUAAGCAUUUUUUUUGGCAUGCUUUAGCUAUUGCCCACUAGUAUUUUUUCCUCUCGCUGCCUUAAAUCCAUUUACUAAGCUUUGCCUUUUGCACAGCUCAUUAGGAGUCUGGGGGUAGAUGACCUUAGGAAAGACUCAAAGAACUCAGUGAGUAUUUCUAUUUUAUAUAGUGCCUUUCACUCUUGAAAAGUUCUUUUUUUGUAAUGCACAACUCACUGUGCCUUGCCAAGAGACAGACUGACUCUCGACAGUUUUCUCUGCAUAACAAAUAUACUGCGGGCUGAAGUAAAAAUGUUCACACUGCAGGCACAAUUAGCACCUUUUUCUAAAAAUAUUUAUUCUUCUGAAAGAUUUAAAUAGAGAAUAAUCUCAGCAGCACAACACACUUAAACUGAAGAAUAUUCAUCUGUCAUUUAAGUAAUUGAUUUGCCCAUUUAAUGGUUUUGAUGGCUUUGUGAUACUCUUUGUGAAAGAGUCUAAUUUUGGAAGGGGCUGUAUAUAAAUCAUUAUUAUUAUUAUUAUUAUAGGGUUUAUAAGGUCACAUGUACAGUGAAAUUGUUACUCGCAUGCGCUGUUUAACAUGUAACAUGACCCCACUCUAUGGCGCGAAGAUUAUUGAGAAACGUCUGUCUUCCUUACCAGAAAGAUCUCUGAACAUUUUUACAUAUCCGCAUACAUUACAGAUGUUUACACAUAUACUUGACCUGCCUGUGCUCCAGAUGUAAAACUAAAUUAUGCAACUUUUCUUAGAUCAGCGGUUCGAAAACUCGGUCCUGGGGGACCCCCUGUGACUGCAGGUUUUUGUUCUAACUAGCUUGCGUUUUUUCAUUGGAAUCCUUACCUAAAUAAGUGAGUUUAUAUUUCCCAGUUUCUGUGUUGUUCAUUUUUAUUAAAAUGUA